GCGGGGAGGAGGGACGGGGGGAGGACGAGGGGGCGUCGUCCGUCGAGCUCCAGCCCCGGCCGAGGGGAUGAGGGGAGUAUGGGCGCCAAGGAGUCACGGAUCGGAUUCCUCAGCUACGAGGAGGCGCUGAGGAGAGUAACAGAUGUGGAGUUGAAGCGGCUUAAAGAUGCCUUCAAGAGAACCUGCGGACUCUCCUGUUACAUGGGCCAGCAGUGCUUCAUUAGGGAAGUUCUUGGAGAUGGCGUUCCACCCAAGGUUGCUGAGGUGAUCUACUGUUCGUUUGGUGGAACAUCUAAAGGGCUACACUUCAAUAACUUAAUUGUUGGACUUGUUCUCCUCACAAGAGGCAGAGAUGAAGAGAAAGCGAAAUACAUUUUUAGUCUGUUUUCUAACGAAUCUGGAAGCUAUGUCAUCCGGGAAGAAAUGGAGAGAAUGCUCCACUUGGUGGAUGGAAAAGUCCCAGAUUCACUCAGGAGAUGUUUCUCUGAGGGUGAAAAGGUGAACUACGAGAAGUUUAGAAACUGGUUACUUCUAAACAAAGACGCUUUCACUUUCUCCAGAUGGCUGCUCUCUGGAGGUGUAUAUGUAACGCUCACAGAUGAUAGUGAUACCCCAACUUUCUACCAAACUCUGGCUGGAGUCACCCAUUUAGAAGAAUCUGACAUCAUCGAUCUCGAGAAGCGCUAUUGGCUGCUGAAGGCUCAGUCCCGGACCGGCCGUUUCGACCUGGAGACAUUUAGCCCUUUGGUUUCGCCACCUAUUCAUCCGUCGCUGAGUGAAGGUUUGUUUAAUGCCUUUGAUGAAAACCGUGACAAUCACAUAGACUUUAAGGAGAUCUCCUGUGGGUUAUCAGCAUGUUGCAGGGGACCCUUGGCCGAAAGACAAAAAUUUUGCUUCAAAGUAUUUGAUGUUGAUCGUGAUGGAGUUCUCUCUCACACUGAACUGAGAGAUAUGGUGGUUGCACUUUUGGAGGUUUGGAAGGAUAACCGCACUGAUGACAUCCCUGAAUUGCACAUGAAAUUGUCUGACAUAGUAGACAGCAUUUUGAAUGCCCACGACACCACGAAGAUGGGGCAUCUCACUCUAGAGGACUAUCAGAUCUGGAGUGUGAAGAAUGUUCUUGCCAAUGAAUUCUUAAACCUCCUUUUCCAGGUGUGCCAUAUAGUUUUGGGUUUAAGACCAGCUACUCCAGAAGAAGAAGGACAAAUAAUCAGGGGUUGGCUCGAACGGGAGAGUAGGUACGGCCUGCAGCCGGGACACAACUGGUUCAUCAUCUCUAUGCAGUGGUGGCAGCAGUGGAAAGAAUAUGUCAAAUAUGAUGCCAACCCUGUUGUGAUCGAACCUUCGUCUGUCUUGAUGGGGGGGAAAAACCCACUCGCCACAACAGCUCAGUCUCUGGAGCCGAGUGAAGACAAAACAGGAGGUGCUGGCCUUGAUUAUUUGAAUACUACGGAAGAGAAGUUUUCCGACGAUAUUUCUUCUGCGUCUGAAGCCUCGGAGUCAGCUAGCAGCACUUUCCUUUAUUCCAGCACUCCUGCGGCAGAUAUGUGUUUUGCUAGGCAACAUAACACUUCUGACAACAACAAUCAGUGUUUGCUCGGAGCCAAUGGAAACAUUUUACUACCAUUCAACCCACAAAAACCAGGGGCUAUCGAUAACCAGCCUUUGGUAACCCAAGAACCAGUGAAGGCAACUUCAUUAACCCUGGAAGGCGGACGGUUGAAACGAAUUCCACAGCUAAUUCAUGGGAGAGACUAUGAAAUGGUGCCAGAACCAGUAUGGAGAGCUCUAUAUCACUGGUAUGGAGCAAACCUGGCCUUACCCAGACCAGUGAUCAAGAAUAGCAAAACAAACAUCCCGGAAUUGGAGUUGUUUCCUCGCCACCUCCUCUUCCUUAGACAGCAGCCUGCCACUCGGACACAGCAAUCGAACAUCUGGGUGAAUAUGGGUAUGAUGAGACUGAGAAUGUUCCCUCCACAUUUACCGAGAGGGAAUGUGCCUUCUCCAAACGCACCUUUAAAGAGGGUGUUAGCGUAUACAGGCUGCUUUAGUCGCAUGCAGACCAUCAAGGAAAUUCAUGAGUAUCUGUCCCAGAGGUUGCGCAUCAAAGAAGAAGAUAUGCGCCUGUGGUUAUACAACAGUGAGAACUACCUUACUCUUCUGGAUGAUGAAGAUCAUAUGUUAGAAUACCUGAAAAUCCAGGAUGAACAGCACUUAGUAAUUGAAGUUCGAAACAAGGACAUGAGCUGGCCAGAGGAGAUGUCAUUUAUAGCCAACAGUAGUAAAAUAGACAGACACAAGGUUCCCACGGAGAAGGGUGCCACAGGGCUGAGUAACCUGGGAAAUACAUGCUUCAUGAACUCCAGCAUCCAGUGCGUUAGUAAUACGCAGCCUCUAACUCAGUACUUCAUCUCAGGAAGACACCUCUACGAACUCAACAGGACAAAUCCCAUUGGGAUGAAGGGCCACAUGGCCAAAUGCUACGGGGAUCUGGUUCAGGAAUUGUGGAGUGGAACUCAGAAGAACGUGGCUCCCCUAAAGCUACGGUGGACGAUAGCCAAGUAUGCUCCUAGGUUCAAUGGUUUCCAGCAGCAGGAUUCCCAGGAACUUCUGGCUUUUCUCUUGGAUGGUCUUCACGAGGAUCUCAAUCGAGUUCAUGAGAAGCCGUACGUGGAGCUGAAGGAUAGUGACGGUCGCCCAGAUUGGGAGGUAGCAGCUGAGGCCUGGGAAAACCAUCUGAGAAGAAACCGAUCAAUUGUUGUGGAUUUGUUCCACGGCCAGCUAAGAUCGCAAGUCAGAUGCAAAACCUGUAGACACAUAAGUGUUCGAUUCGACCCUUUCAAUUUUCUCUCUCUGCCACUACCCAUGGAUAGCUACAUGCAUUUAGAAAUAACAGUUAUUAAGCUAGAUGGUACUACCCCUGUUCGAUACGGACUGAGGCUGAAUAUGGAUGAGAAGUACACGGGCUUGAAAAAGCAGCUGAGCGAUCUGUGCGAACUGAAGCCCGAACAGAUUCUUCUUGCCGAAGUGCAUGGCUCCAACAUAAAGAACUUUCCUCAGGACAACCAGAAGGUACGGCUUUCUGUGAAUGGCUUUUUGUGUGCGUUUGAGAUCCCCACCCCAGGGUCCCCAACUUCAGCAUCCAGCCCUGUCCAGACAGACUUACCCACUAGUCCGUCGACGACUGGAAUCCUCAAUGCCCCAACCAACGGGGACCUGCCCCGCCCAACGCUCCUUCCCAAUGGAAUGCCAAACACUGUCGUGCCAUGUGGAACUGAGAAGACCUUCUCUAACGGGAUGGUGAAUGGUCACGCGACGAUACUUCCCGGAAGCCCCUUCAUAGGCUACAUCAUUGCAGUCCACAGGAAAAUGAUGAGAACAGAACUGUACUUCCUGUCAUCUCAGAAGAAUCGCCCCAGCCUCUUCGGAAUGCCGUUGAUCGUUCCGUGUACGGUGCACACCCGGAAAAAAGACCUGUACGAUGCAGUGUGGAUUCAGGUGUCCCGAUUGGCCAGCCCACUCCCUCCUCAGGAAGCCAGUAAUCACGCCCAGGACUGUGACGACAGCAUGGGUUAUCAGUAUCCGUUUACACUAAGGGUUGUUCAGAAGGAUGGGAAUUCCUGUGCAUGGUGCCCGUGGUACAGGUUCUGCAGAGGCUGUAAAAUCGACUGCGGAGAAGACAGCGCCUACAUUGGAAACGCUUACAUUGCUGUGGAUUGGGACCCCACAGCCCUUCACCUUCGUUACCAGACGUCACAAGAACGGAUUGUUGAAGAGCACGAAAGUGUGGAGCAGAGCCGGAGGGCCCAGGCAGAACCCAUCAACCUGGACAACUGUCUGCGGGCCUUCACCAACGAGGAGGAGCUGGGCGAGGACGAGAUGUAUUAUUGUUCCAAGUGCAAGACCCACUGUUUAGCCACCAAGAAGCUGGAUCUCUGGAGACUCCCCCCCAUCCUGAUAAUUCACCUAAAACGAUUUCAGUUUGUGAACGGCCGCUGGAUCAAAUCUCAAAAAAUCGUUAAGUUUCCUCGUGAAAACUUUAACCCCGGUGCUUUCCUGGUACCCAGAGAUCCAGCACUUUGCCAGCGCAAGACCCUCCCGCCCCAAGGGGAUGACUCGUGUGAUCCUCGGCCUCCUCCGGGAGAAUUGAAGAAAGUGGAGUCCCAGAACGGGUUCACACCCGGAGAAGGGGACGCACUGUGCAAGAGCCCUUCCUCUCUCAGUACCAACAUUGUCAAUAAUACGAAAGGCUCUCCAUCUUCAGCAAGGAAAAGCGGAAGCAGCUGCCCCUCGAGCAAAAACAGCAGCCCAAACGGCAGCCCUAGAACUUUAGGAAGGAGUAAAGGGCGACUCCGCCUACCCCAGAUCGGCAGCAGAAGUAAACUGUCCGGGAGCAAGGAGAACUUGGACCCCAGUAAGGAGAACGGUGCCGACCAGUCUUCUGAGUCGGCCGACGGCACGAGCAGAGGACACGUGUUGGGGGAGAGCCAGCCAGAGUUGUUCACGCCUCAGGACAACGAGGGGCCUGUAGCCAACGGAUUCUUUUGGGGACAAGAAGCGUCCGCCAACAGCUGUAGUAACGGUCAGAUGGAAAACUACAGUGAGGAAGACAUCACCGAUGACCAAAGAGAAGACGUCUGCAUUAAGCCUAUUUACAACCUAUAUGCAAUUUCGUGCCAUUCAGGAAUUUUAGGCGGGGGUCAUUACGUCACUUAUGCCAAAAACCCAAACAAUAAGUGGUACUGCUAUAACGACAGCAGCUGUAAGGAACUCCACCCGGACGAAAUUGACACCGACUCUGCUUACAUUCUUUUCUACGAGCAGCAGGGGAUAGACUAUGCACAAUUUCUGCCAAAGAUUGACGGCAAAAAGAUGGCAGACACGAGCAGCAUGGACGAAGACUUCGAGUCCGACUAUAAGAAGUACUGCGUAUUACAGUGAAGGCCGGGCUGUUUCUUGGGCCGAGGCGGAGGAGACACCGUGCCGCUGACGUUUGGCAAAAAGCGUCGCGGAAGAGUGAAGAGUAGGAGCCAGAUGGAGUUACUUUAUCUUGUGACCCUGAAGCACAAAAUGAAAAGCCUAAUUAAAUAGCAAUUAACAUAAAGAUAGUAUUGUUAUCGUGUGAAGUAUCUCACUACAAGCUCUCAAAGUGCUCUGUUGUGACUUGCUGGACAGAGGUUCUCAUUGACCUGCCAAGCAAACGGCUUGGUGUAAGAUGACUAGGACCAAAUAAGAGCUGAAAUGCCCAGAGCCCAGCUAAGAGCUGAGCAGUAAAACUAGAGUUUACCAAUUAUCCUAACAACACUUAGGGUCUCCUUAAAAUCAAAAUUAAAAAAAAAAAAAAAAAAGAUAGUGUCGUCAGGGGACGACACGAUACGCUACCUCCUUUUUCCUGAAGUUUUAUUCCAUUAGCAAGGCUGGGAAAGUAAGAUCUCGAGAGAUGUACAGGCAACCUGGACGGGACAGACAUCGAGGUUGUCGGGGUUUUUUUUGGAUUUUUUUUUUUUUUUUAAUCACUUUGCCACUGUGUGUAUUGUUCCUUUUGUCUUGCGUUUGAAGCACAGCCAAGUCGUCUGUGGCCAAGGCAGGUCGUCUUCUCGUUCAGGAGUCAAUUCUUGUUGUUGUUUGCCUUCCAAGUGACACCUUGCCACUUAGGAGGAGAGGGCUCUCUGGGCCAAGGGGUCUUGGACUUAGAGACACUUAAAACGGUGUCCAGAUGACGAUAAAAGACAGAUAAAGCCAGGACUGGAGGGUGGGGGGGCCCUGGAAUGGGUUUGUGAUGAUCUGUAUGUGUCUUACCAUGCAAAGAUUGCACAUGAAGUUCCUGGAAAGGACAGUAGCAGCAAAUCUAGGAUGUGUUUCAUGAUUAGUGUUAUUUUGUGAUUUUGCACUUUUUAAGAAGGAAAAAUUCACUUGUUUUGGGGGAUGUAAGGGCUCUCCGGGGACUGGGUGGUGGUGCUUUUUUGUGUUUCAUUUUUUCCCCAUCAUAUGGAAUUUUAAGGCAACAGAUAGGCACCACUCAACCCUGAUGGUUGUUAAAGUAGCUAUGAUAUUUGUCAAUAUGAUUUUUAUCUUUUGUUACUGGGAUACGAUGAAUUUUUUUAAAUUGGUUGGUAUUUUCCAGCCAUUUCCUUACUCUGCAUGUUUUGGUAUUAAUUUGUACAUUUUAAAUUUUUUUAACAAUCUGGUCAUCCAAUUUUGAGACUUCUUUGUUCUCCCUUGGUUAUUCUUCUGUAUGAAUUAUUCAGGGAUGGGAUGAAGAUAUAUGGAUUAUUUAUUUGAGGCUUUUUUUUUAAUUCUUCCGUUGUGAAUUUUUUAAUAUAUUGAGGUUACGGUUUCACUCUUUCAGCCAUUUCUUGUUCAAUUAGACCUUGCCGUGCUGACCAGUGACUCCCAAACUGCCCCAUCCCCUCACUUGCGGUAGAGGAACAACUAAUGAAAGAACUACAAAGUGCUCAUUUGUGUAUUCAUUUCUGGGACUCAUUAAUGUCCAGUUUCCUUUUGCCGUGUUUUGCAGUGAUAGCUAAAUAGCCACUGAGAGAGCACUCCUCUCAGACAAGGAUGAAUGUUUUGCUAAGAAAACAGAGGAGCUAACAUUUUUUCCCACCUAAAAGUGAGGUUCCUUAUUUGGUAAGGUACCUCUUCGAGAAAGAGCAGUAGAACGUCUGGAGCUGAGUUUUGAUGAUGAAAUGCAGAAUUUCUGGCUUUGGGAUUUUGCAGUCCCCAAAUUUGUCUAUUCCUACCCGGAUAAGCCCCGUGGAAAAUGAAAGAUUUUCAAAUGAUUUGCAUACAAGUGUUUUAUUUAAGAAGGUAGCACAAUCUACUAAUGUUGUUCUUCUGUGUUUGUUAUAUUGGUUGUAAUUAAUUUUUUAAUUAAAUUAAUUCAUGGAUUAACAGGAAAUUUAUUAAAUUAACUAUUAACUAUAUUCACUUUGUAAAUUAUUGUAUAAAACUCAUGGACAAUGCACUGACUAGAAAUGUUUAUGUACAUAAAUACGGUGUAAAUAAAAUAGUGUUGAUGUAUUGAAAUAUGAGCUGUAUAAAAAAAAAAGUAUCAGUAAUUGUAUAUGGAGUGAACUUGUUUAACUAUUAGUCAAACCAAUUAAAUACUGUGGAUGCAUCUA